AUGGCUGCCAUCCUGCCGUGGCGCCGGAGCAAGUUCGUCCUGGCCGAGGAGGGUGAGCGGAAGGCGCAGGGGAAGAGCCUGGGCCCCGGCCUGAGCUACGCCUCCCUGCUGUCCAACUUCGUCCGCUCCUGCCCGGACCUGUGGCCGGACUGCCCGCUGGAGCGCCUGGGCAGUGUCUUCCGCAGCAGGCGCCAGAAGGUGGAGCUGAACAAGGAGGAUCCCACCUACACCGCCUGGUACCUGGGCAACGCCGUGACACUGCAGGCGAAGGGCGAGGGCUGCACGGACCAGGCCGUGGACAAGAUCUGGGCCAAGAGCGAGUUCGGGGCCAGGAGCACCAAGAUGAAGCUGACCCUGGGCCCCCACGGCCUCCGCAUGAGCCCCGGCGAGAAGGGCGCCCGCCGGCCCAGCCACGCCUACCUGCUGCACCGCAUCACCCACUGCGUGGCCGACGGGCGGCACCCCAAGGUCUUUGCGUGGGUCUACCGGCACCAGGUCAAGAACAAGGCGGUGGUGCUGCGCUGCCACGCCGUCCUCUUCUCCAAGGCGGAGAAGGCCCGCGCCGUGGCCCUGCUGCUGUGCCAGACCGCGCACGCGGCCUUCAGCGAGUUCAAGCGCCUGAAGAGGCAGGACGACUCCCGGCACCUCCAGCAGCAGCUCCUGGGGGAGGCCCUCAUCCCGCUGGUGCCCCUCCGGAGGCUGCUGAACAGCAAGUGCCCCUACCGGCCUCCGCCGGACAAGAGCCGCAGCGCCCCCCGGCUGAGCUCCAUCCAGGAGGAGGAGGAGGAGGAGGAGGCGGGGCAGCAGGAGGCAGGCAGCCGCGACCCCUCCGGGCCCGGCGGCAGCCAGGCUUCUGGUCUUGCCAGCGGCCGCAGGCUCAGAGCCGGCCUGGCUCUCCGCACCAGCAGCGAGCCCGGGGCCGCGGCUGCAGCUGCCGGUGCUUUGGGUGCCCGCCUUUCCGGCAGCAGCGGCUUGGCCACGGGUGCAGCCCCCCGGCCACGAUGCGGCCAGCAGUCGAGCUUCCAUGAUGGGCCAAGGCAGGGAGUGGUCCGAGGUGCCCACCUGUGA